ACACACGAAAAACUUGUAGAAUUACAAGUUUUAUUUCUAAAUCAUAAGAAUUUUGUUCUAUAAAUCCAUGGAUUCUUCGAAUAUCUUCAAAAGUUGUUUAGUUUUUACGAUUAUUUUCACCUUCUCCGUCCAAACGACGUUAGGAAGUAUUGCGUGUGAGAAUCUGAAGAAGGAUUCGUGUGCGUUUGCGGUAUCGUCAAGCGGGAAGCGUUGUGUUCUUGAGAAGAGCGUUAGGAGGAGCGGGGAGGAGGUGUUUAUUUGUAGCACCUCACGAAUUGAUACCAAUAGGUUGACAGACUGGAUCGAAACCGACGAAUGCCUAGAGGCGUGUGGGCUUGACCGGAACGUACUAGGGAUCUCGUCCGACUCCCUUCUCGAGUCACGGUUCACGCAAAAACUUUGCUCGACUCGAUGUUACAACGGUUGCCCCAACAUUGUUGAUCUCUACUUCAAUCUUGGUAUCGGUGAAGGUGUAUAUUUGCCGAGCCUCUGCCAGGCACCAGGGGAUAACAAAAGGAGGGGGAUGAGCGAGAUCAGGAGUUCGGGCAACGUCGCACCUGGACCCGUGAUGUCUACAAGCCUUAUGGUUGAUGGUUCCCCGAACAUUGCUCCUUCUCCGGCUAGUUCCUAUUAGUCAAGCUCGAUCGUAACAUAGAACGAGCAUAGCCAGAUCUCCGAUGUACUCGUCGAGAUGUUCGAAUCUUAGCUGCUUAGUUUUGAAUAAGGAUGAAUCAUCCAAAAAUAAAGUUGUGUAAUGUCAUCAUCAUAUAUAUGCAUAUGAAAGAGUGUGAUAUCAUUGUAAGAUAGACCAUCAGACAAUUACAAGUUUUUUGAGUUUCC